AUGACUGAACGAGCAAAAACGCGUCAAAGGCAGAGAUAUUAUACAAAAUUAGCAAAAUUACUUCCAGAAUUUUCUGCCGCAGCUUCUCGUCCACUCGGACAAGUUAUUCGUCAAGUUGAUGAAACUAGAAGAGGAUAUAUUUCAACUUCAAGGAGAGUGAAAACUCCUGAGCUAGAGCCGAUGAAAGAAGUGCUCCCUGAUUAUGAUUAUGAGCGUGUUUUGACAAUGACACAAAAUUCAAGAAAUAUUAAUCCAGUUUUAGUUCCACAAAUACUUCAACCAGCGCAGCGUAUAUUUAUACCAGAAGAUCAAGAAUUCAUUCAUAUUCUUGAUGAAGAGGAAGAUUUGGCACCUGAAGAAGAAGAUAUCUCAAUUUUCGCAAAUACAACACAAAAUCCAAUAUUCAGGCAAACUCACAAAGUUAAUUCAUCAGCAAGUGAACAUCAAUCACAAGCUAACUCUGCACGUUCUGGCGGAAUUAAUACGUAUUCAUCUAAAUUCUUCGAUGAAUCAGAUUCAGAUGAUGAAAUUUCACGAAAGAACGUCAUUAAAAUCGAUAAAACAGGUUUUCCAGAGAUUCCUCCUCUUGCAACAGAUCUUGUUCAAUUAAUUGAAACAAUUCCAGAUUCAGCACCAGCAUCAUUAUCACCAUAUACAUUUGCCGAAGAAGUUGUCGGCCUUAAUGACGAUGAUUUCAUGCAAUUCUUAGAUGAAGAUACUUUAUUCAUUAAAUCAGCUUUAUUUGGUGGUCGAUUCAACGAUGAUUCAAUCUAUGAGUUAUUUAAUUCACUUUCCGACUCAAAGCAUCAGAUAGCUUCCAACAUUGUGAUUCAACAAUAUUUUAAAAUCGGAAUUGUUGCGAAUGCUGUCAGAGAUUUACUCCAAUACGGUAAUGCUCCAGAUGCAGCUUAUCAUAUCGAGCAAGAUCUUCAAGAUAUCUUCAAUGUCAAAACCGCCAUGGUUUGGAUCAACAUUCCAUCAGCGAAAAUGCUCAUAAACCAUUCCAGACUCAUGAGGUAUCCACAUGGAAAAGGUUUUGUUGGUACAGCAGCUUCAGAAAAACGACAAGUCAUUGCUCCAAAUCCAACAAGAUCUCCAAUUUACUCAGAAGAAUACGAUUUACCAUUUUGUGAAGAAUGUGAACUGAUUGUUGCCAAACCAAUUAUUGAUCCAUCGACUGAUGAACUCUACGCUGUUUUAUUGUUGAUUGAUAAACAAGAUCCAAGUGGUGCUUUCUAUUCUUAUUGGCCACAAAGUGAACUGACUUUACUUAACUUUUACAUUGAUGGAUGUCACAGAGUUUUCAAGAGAAUUAUCCAAAGAUUCACACAUACAGAAAAACUCUACAAAAUCAUUGCAAAAUUUGUCGCAAACCAGUUCAAUUUGUUCAAAUUGAUUCAAUCAAUUACAUCUUAUUUAAGUGGAAUGUUACAAUGUGAAACAACACAAAUUUACUUCGAUGAAGGAAAGGAUAGAUUGUAUUCUUUCGAUAUCAAACACACACAAAUCCAGAAGACAACAGUUCCUUUGAAGAAAGCUGGUAUCGCUGGAUAUAUCUUUGAAAAGAAAGAAUUAGUUAAUGCAUCAAAUGCUUCUUUACAUCCUUCUUAUUUUUCAAAUAUAGAUGGAGCAUUUGGCACCCGACCAAUUAUAGGAAUUCCUCUUAUUACAGGUGAUACAUGUUUUGCUGUUAUUGUUUGCCGUGGAAAACAAGGACUUUGUUUUACAACUGAUGAUGUAAACACAUUGACAUUCCUUUCUUCAGGUGCUGCUCCUGCAUUACAAAUGUCAAUGACAUAUAGAACUAAAACACAAGAACUAAAUAUUGCUUUGAGAGCACAAGACAGAUUGGCAGCUUUGUUGCAAGUCGCAGAAAGUCUUUCAAGAGAAACUAAUAUUGAUACAUUAGUUUCUCAGAUUCUUGUUAAAGCUUGUCAAUUAGUUAGUGCUGACAGAGCUUCUCUCUUCGUUUUGGAUGAUUCCAAGAACAAUUUGAUCUCUAAAGUUGCUCAUGGUACUGAUAAACCAUUUGUUUUGCCUGUCGGACAAGGUAUUGUAGGAACAGUUGCAAGAACAGGAGAAACAAUAAAUAUCCCGGAUUGUUAUGAAGAUUCCAGAUUUAACUCUGCAAUUGAUAAGAAAACAGGAUACAGAACUAAAUCUAUGAUGACAAUUCCUGUUCACGAUCAAAGACAUUCGAUCAUUGGUGUUGUCCAAUUGAUGAAUAAACAAAACGGAGAAGCAUUCAGUGAUGCAGAUGUUGAAUUAACAAAAGCAAUGUGCGUUUUCACAGGUAUUGCUUUGGCAAAUUCGAUUGUCAUUGAUUCUGCAUUUGCUUCUUCACAAAGAGUUCAAGCUAUGUUGAAGACUGUUUCUAUGUUAACACAUGGCGAAGCUCUCAGUGGUUUAUUGCAUCAUAUCAUGUCAACAUCAAGAGAUUUAAUUGACGCAGAUAGAUGUUCUUUGUUCAUUUUGGAUACAAAUUCAUCAAAAUUGUCAUCAACAGUUUCUGAUGGUCAAAAAGCAGGAAUUGAAAUCACAAAAGGAAAAGGUAUCGCUGGUUAUGUCGCUGAAAAAGGAGAAAGUCUAAAUAUCCCUGAUGCUUACAAAGAUCCGAGAUUCCAUAGAGGAGUUGAUAAUGAUACAGGUUACAGAACAAGAUCAAUUCUCGCUGUACCUAUCAAAAACAACUCAAAUGAAACAAUCGGUGUCGUAGAACUCAUCAAUAAAGACAUCAUUAAAAAUGGUGGUGUCUUCACAAAAGAAGAUGAAAAACUGACAAGCGGUUUUGCCACUUUUGCAGGUGUUGCCUUUGACCAACAUUCAGAUAACAAUAGGAGCGGAUCGCAUACAUUAGCAAUUAUGCUUUCCAACAUGAUGAAUGCCGAAGAAGCAAAUAGUUUCAGUCCUCCAAAACAAAUUGCUUUGAAUGAAGAACAAAUGACAAGAUUUGACACAUUCAGAUUUGAUGUUGCAACUGUCAGUGAAAUUGAUUCCGCUAGGUUUAUAAUGACCAUAUUCUACAAGCUUGGAUUGAGCCAAAGAUUCAAGAUCAACAAUUCAAGAUUGAUCAGAUUUAUUUUGGCUGUUCACGAUGGAUACAUGAAAAGUCCAUUUUAUAAUUGGCAAAGAGCUGUUGCUUCUGCACAAUUUGUUUAUUAUAUUCUUACAACAACGGACCUUAAGAAUAUAUUGACUGAUUUAGAGAAACUCGCCUUGAUUGUUUCGACAAUUUGCCAUGAUAUUGAUUACACAAGUGUUGAUGAUAGUAAUCAAUCAACAGAAAUCGCGUUGGCUGUUUUGUAUCAUAACAGACCAGUCAUGGAGAUGCAUCAUUGCGAACACACAAUUUCCAUUUUAGAAAGAAGCGAAGAGAAUAUUUUGGAAACAUUGAAUGCAGAUGAUUCUCAGAGUUGCUGGAAGAUGAUAAUUUCUUUGAUUCUUGGAACAAACAUGGCCAAACAUUUCAAUACAGUUACGACAUUGCAAUCUCUUAUUUUCCCGAAUAAGAUGAUCAACAUGAAAUUGGAAGAACACAGAUUGUUAAUCAUGCAAUUCAUUAUUAAAGCUUCAGAUGCAUCAUACGCAUGCAGGAACUUCCCAGUUUGCCAGAGAGAAGGAACUAAAGCAUAUAAAAUGUUCACAGAUAAAACAGCGAUUGGUAAAUUAUUCCAACGUUAUUUGGUCAACUCACAGGUAGGAUUUAUUAUAUUAUAUGCAGAACCAAUGUUUACUUUGCUGACACACGUUUUCCCAUCUGUUGAUCCUUUAUUGGAACAAGUUAAAUUGAACUUACAAUACUGGAAACAACUGAAGAAAGAUGGAUGA